UUUUGUUUACCUUUUCGAAAUCCGAUGACUUGUCAAUUCACGUGUCGAUUUAACUGUUGACUUUUCAUUAUAUUGUAAAUUAUUUUAUAAAUUCGUACCUUAAUCUGAAUCAACAUGAUCAUAAAUGGUGUAGAUGACUUAAUGUAUUUUGGUGUUUUAUUAUCUGUUGCUGUCCGUUGGGCUGUAUCCAGGUUUCCGUAUUCAGGAGCAGGUAAACCACCUAUGUUUGGAGACUAUGAAGCUCAGCGUCAUUGGAUGGAAAUUACUGUAAAUCUGCCGACACAUGAAUGGUAUAAAAAUUCAACAAAGAAUGAUCUUCUCUAUUGGGGUUUGGAUUAUCCACCACUAACUGCCUACCACAGUAUGAUUUGUGGUUAUAUAGCCAAGUGGUUUAAUCCUGACUGGGUUGCAUUAAAUACUUCUAGAGGAUAUGAAAGUUAUCAUCACAAAAUAUUCAUGAGAUCAACUGUUGUAGGAGCUGAUGUAGUGUUCUAUGUUGCUCUAAUUGUCUAUUGGACUAUUGUCUAUAAACCAUGGAAUUUCAGAAAUAAGGCAAUUGCUGCUGGACUUUGUUUACUGUAUCCAGGACUGAUCUUAAUAGAUCAUGGUCAUUUUCAAUAUAACUCUGUGAGUCUUGGUUUUACCCUGUGGGCAAUUAUCUCCAUGAUGUCUGGCCAUGAUCUAAUUGGUGCUGCAUUUUUCUGCCUGGCUCUACAUUACAAGCAAAUGUCUUUAUACUAUGCUUUACCAUUCUUUUGUUACCUAUUAGGUACUUGUUUAAAGCUUCCGUGGACCAAAAGGAUUGCAAAGUUUCUGAAGUUGUCAUGUGUAGUAUUGAUUGUAUCAGGCAUUUGUUGGAUGCCUUUCUUAAGGAGUUUGGAUGAUACAUUAGCAGUUGUGGAAAGAUUGUUUCCAUUUUCUCGGGGAUUAUAUGAGGAUAAAGUUGCAAAUAUAUGGUGUAUGUUAUCAGUCGUGAUAAAAUGGAAGUCUCUUUUCUCAACACCUACUCUUGUGAAAAUAAGUGCCUUUUGUACUUUAUUAGCUGUGUUGCCAUCAUCAAUACAGUUACUGCGUAAUCCUAGUUUACACAAGUUGAGAUUGUCUCUAAUCAACAGUUCUCUUGCCUUUUUCUUGUUUUCCUUCCAAGUUCAUGAAAAAACAAUUUUACUGCCUGCUUUGCCAAUAUUAUUACUUCUUGAAGACUACCCAUUACCUUGUGUGUGGUUUGCAUAUAUAUCUACUUUUAGUUUAGUUCCAUUGUUAGCCAAAGAUGGAUUGAUGAUUCCUUUUGUUGCCUUAAGUGCCUUAUUCCUAAUUGGUGCAAUACGAGGUUAUGAAGAUUUGCUCUUAUCACUAAAAACACAAUCUUCACGUUAUGCAAGUCUCUCUUUUUGCAUCUCUGUCUUAGGGAGUAUAGCUCUUGUUGUAAGUAUGUUUACCAUCAAACAACCAGCCAGAUAUCCACAUCUCCAUGUUCUACUAAAUUGUAUCUAUUCAGGAAUUCAUUUUGUUGGGUUUCUAUUAUAUUUUAACUAUCUCCAAUUCAUAGAAAUUCCAUAUAACAUUUACUGUAAAAAAAUAAAAUAUAAUUAAAUCUCAGUUCAUUACUAUCAUCCACCCCACUUUUGACAUAAUUUUUUUAAAAAAAGGUUAUAAAUGUAUCCUAUGUCUACUUUGCUAUUUGUGAAGCUCUUAAAAUCUUCAUGUAGUGCCUUAAAAAUGUAUCAGUUUAUGUAUUCAAAAUGGGUUAAAUGAUUUUAAAGUUUGAUUAAUUCUGUACUGUAUUUAUUGUAGGGGACGGGGAAAUAAAUUAGAAUUUAUUAAUGAACUUUUCCAAUCACAAAGAUUAUUUCUUCAUGUUUUUUUAAUGAUACUACCAAGAUUACAUUAUCAUUUAAUUUAUUGAAAUCUUGUAAGUGAGUUAUCAAUUAAUUUCUUCAUAUUUAUUCUUGGUUAUAUUUUAAUGAAAUUGCUGUGUCCAAAAAUUUUAUUCAAGUGAUCUCUAUUCUAAAGUAUGCUAUUUUUGAAUAUUUUAUUAUUGUUAUUGUGCCAUGUGCAUGUAUGUGAGUUACUGCAAUUUCAAGAAUAUAUUGUGAUGCAUCGAAAGGACAGGAAAUAUAUUUUCUAUAAUAAGGAAUGUAAUGUUCAUAUUGUUUAUUCAAGAAUAUAUGCAAGUCAUUUUCAAGGUGCUUUUUAUACGAUAAAUUUUAUAACUAUUGUUACAGCAAAUUAUAACUGCUAUUGUAUAUAUGUCUGUAUUUUUUUAUAGAAAUUUUGCACAAAAAAUAUAUGUUUUGAUCGCACUAAUCUUGUAAUUGCUUGUUUAUUGAUAAGCAAGAAAGCUGUUUCUCAAAAGAGAAACAGCUUGCAACUGUUAUUAUAAAAAAUUUAUUUCUGAAAUAUUCAUAAUUAUGCAAGAAAUCAAAAGAACAUGUGUUAUAUUUAUCUAAUAUUAAUUUUUUUUUAUGUGUGCUUAUGUAUCCAGAAGUUUUACAUAUCAUAUUUUGUUAUAAUAUAAAGAUCAUUGAAAACUUAUAAAUAGAAAAAACUAGCUGAAGUUUUAUUAUCUGACAAAUUCUCAGAAUUCCAAG